AUGGCCCAAAGUAAAAGUGCUGCGUAUGAUUAUCUUAUAAAGCUUUUGUUGAUUGGAGAUUCAGGUGUUGGUAAAAGCUGCUUAUUGCUUCGUUUUUCCGAUGAUUCCUUUACUCCUUCUUUUAUCACUACCAUCGGUAUCGACUUUAAAAUCCGAACGAUCGAAUUAGAUGGAAAACGAAUCAAACUCCAAAUUUGGGACACAGCUGGACAAGAACCUUACUAUCGAGGUGCUAUGGGCAUACUUUUAGUAUACGACGUAACUGAUGAACGCUCCUUCAACAAUAUAAGAAAUUGGUUUUCCAAUAUAGAACAACAUGCUAGCGAAGGAGUUAAUAAAAUUCUUAUUGGAAACAAAUGCGAUUGGGUUGAAAAGAAGGCAAUUACUAAAGAACAAGGUCAGGAGCUUGCUGAUGAAUUUGGUAUCAAGUUUUUGGAAACUAGCGCCAAGGCCAACAUUAAUGUUGAAGAAGCGUUCUUUACUUUGGCAAGGGAUAUUAAGAAGAGAUUAAUCGAUACGCAUGCCCAACAAGAACAUGAUUCUCAUAAGAGAGCCGAUUUGGAUAUUAAGCAAAAGACAAGUUCUAGCAGCAGCUGCUGUAGCUAA